CCCUAAAAAAAAUGAAGGAAACCCCCCAAACAACCCUUCAAACAAAACCUCUUCUAUUCGCCUCUUUCUUCCUCCCCCCUUCUCUUUUAAUGGCCAAAGCCCCUCUAACAUUCGAUUGGAAUGAUCUCCUCUCCUCUAAAAACACCGAUUCCCCAUCCCCUGAAAUAGAGAUUGUUCGCAAUAACAUCGAUCCGGGCUUCAUAUCCGCACUGAGCGAUCAUCAAAUCAGUGAAAAAAUCCAGAGGAUUUCCAAUACCUUGGGCUCUAAUUUGCGCAAGGGCUUGCCCGAUAAGGGCGCAAAGUUGCGGUACAAUCUUCGCCAGUUGCAGGACGAGCUUGACCGUCGGAAGCUCGCCAAGGCUCGAAAGGAGGCUAAUCAAGAGGGUGAUGUAGAAUAUACUGGGUCUUCAAAUAGUGAAGAAAAAGAUUCCAAAGUAAUUUCUACUUCCACGCCUUCUUGUGAGAUGGAAUAUAAAAUGAAGCAUGGAGCUACUUGCAACAUGAGCGAGGAGUUUCAAAUACUAAAAAGUGGGAUAGAUUCAAUUGCAUCCGGAAUUUGUAAGCAUGAACCUCGUGUUUACUCAGAAGAGAAGUUAUUUCAGGAGGUCUCGAAAGUCGAAGGACUCAGCGAGGACUCACAACUUUUAGCUUACGACUAUCUUUGUGGGGAAGCCGUUCGAGGAAGGACCUUCAUGGGAUUACCAAUUCGGCGAAGGAGAAGAUGGUUGGAGCUAAAGCUUGGAUGGGCGUCACAUAAGCUUGAUAUUGGUGUGAAGAGCGAAAGAUGCUCAUAAGGAGGGUUAAGAAGAAGCAUAAAACGUCCAAGAAAGGGAUAAGGUUGGCUGCUGCAAGCAAGUUUCUCGUAUAGAGAUUACUAACAUUUGCUUCUUUAGGAUUCUAUUUUAGUAUACAUGGUUUGUACUUCGCCAGUUAAACAUUAUUUUGGCAAUGGAUAUGCUAGAUUUUUGUCAAUGGUUUUAUUUCAGUAUUAAACUCAGACACGUUUCACUAAUUUGAGCUAAGUUUUUUGUCAUUUGAUUGGUAGCUAUCUUGCUUUUUUGUAUUCAUGGGAACAUGAUACAUUUGCUAUAUAUUAUCCUAGGUGCUGUUAGUGUG